GUUAGCGGCCGCAACUGUGGCGCGGUAUUAUCCUCAAAGCGGGCAAAGAAGGUGUUUAGUUUGUCUGGAAGCGAGACGUUGGUGUCUGUGAGGUAGCUGGUUUUGUUUUUGUAGUCCGGAAUUGCCUGUAGACCCUGCCACAUACGUCUCGUGUCUGAGUCAUUGAAUUGCGACUCCACUUUGUCUCUAUACCGACAUUUUGCUUGUUUGAUUGCCUUGCGGAGGGAAUAACUACACUGUUUGUAUUCGGCCAUAUUUCCAGUGGUUAAAUGCGGUGGUUCGCGCUUUCAGUUUUGCCCAAAUGCUGCCAUCCAUCCACGGUUUCUGGUUGGGGUAGGUUAUAAUAGUCACAGUGGGUACAACAUCUUCAAUGCACUUCCUUAUAAACUCACUCACCGAGUCAGCGUAUAGAUUGAUGUUGUUCUGAGGCUGCCCAGAACAUUUCCCUAUCCGCGAUUUAAAAAAAAUCUUUAAGCAUGAAUUCUGAUUGGACAGACAUGCAUUGAAUGGUUCUAGUCACAGGUACAUCCUGUUUGAGUUUCUGCCUAUAAGACUGUAGGAGCAAGAUGGAGUUGUGGUCAGAUUUGCCAAGGGAGGGCCUUGUAUGCAUUGUCGAAGUUAGAGUAGCAGGGGAUGAGUGUAUUGCCAGUGCUGCAAUCAAUAGGCUGAUAAAAUUUGAGAAAAAGGCUACAUAAAUUCUAUUUGCUAAAAUCCCCAGCUACAAUAAAUGCAGCCCCAGAAUAGAUGGUGUCCAGUGAAGUUCCUUGAGGGCCGUCGUCUGCUUGAUGGGGUAUAUACACAGCUGUGACGAUAACUGAUGAGAAUUCUCUUGGGUGAUAAUUUGGCCGGCAUUUGAUUGUAAGGAAUUCAAUGUUGGGUGAGCAGAAGGACUUGAGUUCCGGUAUGUUGUUAUGAUUACACCAUGAUUUGUUAAUCAUGGAGCAUACACCCCUGCCCUUCUCUUCCCAGAGAGGUGAUUAUCUCUGUCGGUGCGGCGCAUGAAGAAGCCCGGUGGCUAAACCGACUUUGACAACAUAUCCAUGUUUCCUUGAAACAGAGGAUGUUACAAUCUCUGAUGUCUCUCUGGAAGGCAAUCCCUCUGGAAGGCAACUGGACAUUGGCGAGUAGUAUACUCGGAAACGGUGGGCAAAGUGCACGUCUACGGAGCCUGACCAGGAGGCCGCUCAGUCUGCCUGUUCUGCGGCAACAUUGUUUUGGGUCGGCUUCUGGGAUUAGAUCCACUGUCCUGGGUGGUGGUCCGAACUAAGGAUCCGCUUCGGGAAAGUCGUAUUCCUGGUCGUAAUGUUGGACAGAGCUAGUCCGUCCCCCUCCAACCUGCUAGAGUCCCCUGGUCACAACUCUCCUGGUAACAUCUUACUGCUGGGUCUGAAGAGGGUUUCUGUGAGGCUGGUCGACUGCAGGAAAACACCAGGGCAGAGUGGAGCUGUAGGAGAAGGACACGAGGAGGGAGAUGGAGAUCUGAUUUCAUCAAGUAAGAACAAUGGGGACUCUCCUCCUCUCAGUGGGAGGGACUUAUCAUCUGGGGAGCUUCAACAACAACAUUUUGCUGACGAGGCAGAGAAGAGUCUCUCCCAAUCAGAACACCUCAAACACCAGCACAGACGUACAGGGAAGAAAUCUCACCACAGCUGCUCUGACUGUGGGAAGAGUUUCACUACACGGAGAUCCUUCAUAAUUCACCUGCGUAUUCACACCGGAGAGAAGCCUUAUCACUGUGAUCAGUGUGGGAAGUUCUUUGCUCGCGCUUCCAACCUGACUACACACCAGCGAACACACACAGGAGAAAAGCCUUAUAGCUGUGAUCAGUGUGGGAAGAGUUUUGCUGCAUAUAACACCUUCAAAUAUCAUCUGAGAAUUUAUGAAGGGGAGAAGCCUUACCGCUGCCUUGAUUGUGGGAAAAACUUUGUUAAUGCAGGAGCCUUAACCAUACACCAGCGUGUACACACAGGAGAGAAACCUUAUAGCUGUGAUCAGUGUGGGAAGAGCUUUGCUGUAGCUUCCACCCUGAUUAGACACCAGCGCAUACACACUGGAGAGAAGCCUUAUAGCUGUAAUCUGUGUGGGAACAGCUUUGCUGUAUCAGAUAAACUAACCAUACACCAGCGUGUACACACAGGAGAGAAACCUUAUAGCUGUGAUCAGUGUGGAAAGUGCUUUGCUUUAGCUUCCACCCUGAAUAAGCACCAGCGCAUACACACUGGAGAGAAGCCUUAUAGCUGUGAUCAGUGUGGAAAGAGCUUUGCUCGAGCUUCCACUCUGACUAUACACCAUCGAACACACACAGGAGAGAGGCCUUAUAGCUGUGAUCAGUGUGGAAAGAGCUUUGCUCGAGCUUCCACUCUGACUAUACACCAUCGAACACACACUGGAGAGAAGCCUUAUAGCUGUGAUCAGUGUGGAAAGAGCUUUGCUGAGUCAGGGACCCUGAAUACACACCAGCGAACACACACUGGAGAGAAGCCUUAUAGCUGUGAUCAGUGUGGAAAGAGCUUUGCUGAGUCAGGGACCCUGAUUUCACACCAGCGAACACACACUGGAGAGAAACCCUAUGUCUGUCUAUGUGGAGAGAGCUUUGCUCGUUUAGGGCAAAUUAAAAAACACCAGAAAGCUCAAAUUUGCUAUAUUUCGUCUCCCUCCUAUCCGACAACAUUUCCAGAUCCCUAAAAAAAGGAUCAAUAGAAAACAUCUAGUGAACAGUCAUAUCCAUCUCCCAUUCUUAAACAGUUGCUUUAGUCUGAUCACCAUGGUAACCUCUGUGGAGCAUAAUAUGCAGCUCUGAUCUAGGAUCAGGUCUCCCCUGUGUCUUUGUAAUAUCACACAUUGGGAUCUAAAUGGAUAAAUGUUAUCAUAGAUAAUGUCAUAGUGAACCUGUGUGUUGGGGGGGAUUGAUAAUUGUAUCUUUCAUAUACUUAUGACACUUAUUAUUAAAAUGUAAUUAUGUAGAAUGUUUCAACAAUAGGCGUAUAUUGGGCGGCAGUUAGCCUAGUGGUUAGAGCGUUGGGCGAGUAACCGGAAGGUUGCUGGAUAGAAUCCCAAACUGACAAGGUAAAAAUCUGCCCCUGAACAAGGCAGUUAACCCACUGUUCCCCGGUAGGCUGUCAUUCUAAAUAAGAAUUUGUUCUUUACUGACUUGCCUAGUUAAAUAAAGUUUCAAUCAAAAUAACUCAUGUAUUCCAUUGAUCAAUACAUUCUAGCCAUUAUCUUCUAAACAAGAACUUUAAUAAUAUCUAAAUUGAUUUGUUCCUAAAAUGAAUCAAUUAUACAUUGAGUAAUAAUAUCCAUAUCGGAGAAGGCAAUAACUAUGUAUGCUGUCUUGUAACAACGGUUAAUGUAAUAACUUGAUUGUUAAUGAUAAAAUAUUGAAUUGUUAUAGUAAUCAUUUUCCAUUUAAUGUAGUAAGUUACGUUAUCAGGUGAGUAAUCAUUUAUGAAUAACACAAUGACUUCAACCGAUCAUAUAAUAACACCUAAACCAAUGUUUUAAUGUAUUGCUAUGCUAAUGUUAAUGCACAUACCACCCUCCACUAAUUGUCAACCGACACAAAUCUAGCGCAGCGGUAAUCAGUCUGGUAUUUUAUAGGCUCCACUUACUGGGCAUCAGACAAUAAAACUACCUGGACUCUCGAAGAGGACGUUGUUCCAGGUGUCGCUGGGGUCGAGGUAGACGAUAACAGGAUUCAUGGUGAAUAGGUGGUAAAUGUUUUGACUUUAAUAGAUCAGGCCAAAUCUUAUCCAGGAUCUUUCUGAAGUAAGAUUAACCAACAUCAGACCUUUAUUUGUCAAAACUUAAAUCUAGUUUUAAUAUUUAAAAAUGUUUGAUUGCUCUGGUCUGGCUGUUCUUUUAUCUGAACGCUGUAACAAAGAAAGUAACUAGUGUAGGCUAGCUACAGAUUUACUGUCACUUUUAAACGCUGAAGAAAAGAAUAGCUAACUACGAAUCGGGUAAGUUAUGUCGACUUACUAACAGUAUCCCUACUGUGGUGUAUAACAUGUCUAGUUCUAAUAUUUGAUCUUCCAUAUCCAUUCGUUCCAUUUGAACAGCUGGACAAAAUAAACAAUGGUGGUAAUAAACAUUUGGGAUAUUUUGCAAAGUAGCCUACUAGCCUAAAGCACAGAGAUUGAUACAAGGCAAUGCGCAACAAGCAGGUAAAGUGGAUAAAUAAUGAGGCCAAAGCUUCAACUUGCAGUAGCGGUGUGUAGGUAAAAAUCACCAGGGAAGCCAUAUUACAACCCACGUGUUGUGAUAAUUGCGUUUUUUUGUUCUAGCCUGUUACUUCAUAUGCCUUGACAAGAAGACAGUGGCAGAAUCAUUUCAACCACACCUUUGUUAAAUCAUGAAACUGGAGAGCAACAUCUGUCUUGUUAGGUUCGUAAAAAAGUUACAUGACCUACAGAACAGUCAAGCAAGUUAAUGUUCCCUACGUUUUCGGACUACUUAACAACUAUUGCAUUAGUUACGCAAAUAAAGCAGGCUCUGCCUCCACUAUUCAAGCACCAUUUCAACAUCAUCUAAAUCACCUAUGCUUAGUCCACUACAGUGACAACUCAAAUACACGUACGUGUCCAUUGAGAACCAACGAUGUGCUACAUUUGUGUAGCAAUUCUGACAAAACUAACUUCGUUUCAGACGAAUCUCAGCGUUCUAACCAGGUCAGCAACUUGGUUGCUUGGCAACUUGGUUGCUUUAGCUAAGGUUGGCUUCUUUCAGCAGCUGGCCUCUGUAUCUAGCUAGCUAACACAAGUACGCUGAAAGCUAGCUAGGUAGCCUCUGUAGCUAGCUAGUUAACACAAGUACGCUCGAGCUAGCUAACAAAAUGGAAAAGGUAGCUAGCUGUAAUUGUUUAUGGAAUGUCUUUUACACAAAUAACUAUAGCCAUUAGCUAGCUAGCAGACAACAGCUGACAUCGACACAAAAGCUAGUUAACGAUAGCAGGUUCACGUGCAAAUGCCAGGCCUACAUUUUUCCGCAAAACAUAACUAGUUAGCUAGCUCGCUACAUCUGUUCAAAACCAAAUUGUCACACUGCUACCUUUAGAAUGCAUGCAAUGUAAUAUUUUCCCAAUGCUAGCUAGCUACUCCCAUGGUCGCAUACAUAAACUUUGCAGAUCUUAUUGCAGGUGUAGUGAAAUGCUGGUGUUCCUAGUUCCAACAGUAGAGUAAUAUCUAACCAUUCACAAUACACACAUCGAAAAGUAAAAUAAUCUAAUUAAGAAAUAUAAUAUUAGGACGAGCAAUGUCGUAUUCUUGAGUAUGUGGACACCACUUCAAAUGAUUGGAUUUGGCUAUUUCAGCCACACCUGAACAGGUGUAGAAAAUUGACCCCACCCCCAUGCAAUCUCCAUAGACAAGCAUUGGCAGUAUAAUGGCCUUACUGAAGAGCUCAGUGACUUUCAAAGUGGCACCAUCAUAGGAUGCCACUUUUCCAACAAGUCAGUUUGUCAAACUUCUGCCCUGCUAGAGCUUCCCCGGUCAACUGUUAAGUGCUGUUUUUGUUAAGUAGAAACAACGGCUCAAUCGAAAAGUGGUAGGCCACACAAGCUCACAGAACAGGACCAUCGAGUACUGAAGCACAAAAAUCCAAGAGGUGGGAAAAGCAAGAAAAUAAUGGUCUGAAAGUGCAACGUGAGUGAUAAUGGGUUUCCAUAACUGAGCAGCCGCACACAAGCUUAAGGUCACGAUGUGCAAUGCCAAGUGUCGGCUGGAGUGGUAUAAGACUCGCUGCCGACUGAGUUUGGCGGAUGCCAGGAGAACGCUACUUGCCCCAAUGCAUAGUGUCAAGUGUCAAUUUUGGUGGAGGAGGAAUAAUUGUCUGGGGCUGUUUUUCAUAGUUCGGGCUAGGACCCUGAGUUCUGUUAAAUUUGCGUCAAUUUGAAUCUGGUAUCAGGAUAAAUAUGACAAUGAGUCACCAAUUGUAUGCUAUGUAUUUUUUAUUAGCUAAGCAAUAAGUGGUAAAUGCAAUUUUCGUAUAUACGGGCUCUCUGUCCCACCUCGCAGGGCAAACAGAGAACUGACUUGUUCUUGACAAAGAUAUUAUAAAUAUACCCUGACAGAAAAAGUUCCUGCUUCCGAGCCGGCCUGUCAGAGUAGAGACUGGGCGUGGUUUAGACUCACCCAGCCUAUCUUUGAUUGUUGUCGUACGAGCUGGUACCAGCCCCCGGGCGCUGCAGUUGAUAGAUGUAACUUGCUGUGUCGAGUAUCUAUGCGCUCAUUCCCUAGAUUCCGUUAUUCAGCAAAGGGGGGACCAACUCCAUAUUAAUGCCAGUGAUUUUGGAGUGAGAUGUUCGACGAGCAGGUGUCCAAAUACCUUUGGUCAUGUAGUGUACACUCUUAAGUCAAUCUUAAAUGAAUCAUUGUUUAUUAUCAGCAUGCUCUAGAGGUCAAAGUCAAACUUAGGAUGCAUAAAGUACCGUUCUGAAGGUAUCUCCCUCAGGGCAGUCCCAUUAGAUCUCUUAUAUUACUGGUUACAGACACGUUACAUAGUUCAUAGGGUUGGUUCCGGCAUGUCUGGCACAGUCUCCUAUCAUAACUUAUACAACAUGUUCUGGGCGUUUUGACAGAUGGUCCUGAGGAGGGGGUCAUGUUCAUGGUCAUUAUUUUGUUCAGAUCCUCAGAGUUCUUCGCCAUGAGGUGCCAUGUUGAACUUCCAGUGACCAGUCAGUAUGAGGGAGUGUGAGAGCGAUGACACCAAAGUUAACACACCUGCUCCCCAUUCACAUCUGAGACCUUGUAACACUAAUGAGUCACAUGAUACUGGUGAGGGAAAAUGGCUAAUUGGGCCCAAUUUGGACAUUUUCACUUAGGGGUGUACUCACUUGUUGCCAGUGGUUUAGACAUUAAUGGCUGUGUGUUGAGUUAUUUUGAGGGGACAGCAAAUGUACACUUAUACAAGCUGUACACUCACUACUUUACAUUGUAGCAAAGUGUAAUUUCUUCAGUGUUGUCACAUGAAAAGAUAUACCCAAAUAUUUACAAAAAUGUGAGGGGUAUACUCACUUUUGUGAUAUACUGUAUAUAUGUGUGUAUGUAUAUAAUAUACAGUGGGGAGAACAAGUAUUUGACAACCUGCAAAAUCGGCAGUGUUUCCUACUUACAAAGCAUAAGUCGCUCUGGAUAAGAGCGUCUGCUAAAUGACUUAAAUGUAAAUGUAAAUGUAGAGGUCUGUAAUUUUUAUCAUAGGUACACUUCAAUUGUGAGAAUCUAAAACAAAAAUCCAGAAAAUCAAAUCAAAUUUUAUUUGUCACAUACACAUGGUUAGCAGAUGUUAAUGCGAGUGUAGCGAAAUGCUUGUGCUUUCAGUUCCGACAAUGCAGUAAUAUGAUUUUAAAGUAAUUAAUAAGCAUUUUAUUGCAUGACAUAAGUAUUUGGUACAGAAGCCUUUGUUUGCAAUUACAGAGAUCAUAUGUUUCCUGUAGUUCUUGACCAGGUUUGCGCACACUGCAGCAGGGAUUUUGUCCCACUCCUCCAUACAGACCUUCUCCAGAUCCUUCAGGUUUCGGGGCUGUCGCUGGGCAAUACGGACUUUCAGCUCCCUCCAAAGAUUUUCUAUUGGGUUCAGGUCUGGGGACUGGCUAGGCCACUUCAGGACCUUGAGAUGCUUCUUACGGAGCCACUCCUUAGUUGCCCUGGCUGUGUGUUUUGGGUCGUUGUCAUGCUGGAAGAACCAGACACGACCCAUCUUCAAUGCUCUUACUGAGGGAAGGAGGUUGUUGGCCAAGAUCUCGCAAUACAUGGCCCCAUCCAUCCUCCCCUCAUUACGGUGCAGUCGUCCUGUCCCCUUUGCAGAAAAGCAUCCCCAAAGAAUGUUUCCACCUCCAUGCUUCACGGUUGGGAUGGGGUUCUUGGGUUUGUACUCAUCCUUCUUCUUCCUCCAAACACGGCGAGUGGAGUUUAGUCCAAAAAGCUCUAUUUGUCUCAUCAGACCACAUGACCUUCUCCCAUUCCUCCUCGGGAUCAUCCAGAUGGUCAUUGGCAAACUUCAGAUGGGCUUGGACAUGCGCUGGCUUGAGCAGGGGGACCUUGUGUGCGCUGCAGGAUUUUAGUCCAUGACGGCGUAGUGUGUUACUAAUGGUUUUCUUUGAGACUGUGGUCCCAGCUCUCUUCAGGUCAUUGACCAGGUCCUGCCGUGUAGUUCUGGGCUGAUCCCUCACCUUCCUCAUGAUCAUUGAUGCCCCACGAGGUGAGAUCUUGCAUGGAGCCUCAGACCGAGGGUGAUUGACCGUCAUCUUGAACUUCUUACAUUUUAUAAUAAUUGCGCCAACAGUUGUUGCCUUCUCACCAAGCUCUUUGCCUAUUGUCCCAUCCCAGCCUUGUGCAGGUCUACAAUUUUAUCCCUGAUGUCUUUACACCCUCGUGGAGAGGUUGGAGUCUGUUCGAUUGAGUGUGUGGACAGGUGUCUUUUAUACAGGUACCGAGCUCAAACAGGUGUAGUUACUACAGGUAAUGAGUGGAGAACAGGAGGGCUUCUUAAAGAAAAACGAACAGGUCUGUGAGAGCCGGAAUUCUUACUGGUUGGUAGGUGAUCAAAUACUUGUCAUGCAAUAAAAUGCUAAUUAAUUACUGUUGAAACUCUAGGGGCGCAAUUUCAUUUUUGGAUGAAAAACGUUCCCGUUUUAAACCAGAUAUUUUGUCACAAAAAGAUGCUCGACUAUGCAUAUAAUUGAUAGCUUUCGAAAGAAAACACUCUGACGUGUCCAGAACUGCAAAGAUAUUUUCUGUGCGUGCCCUAGAACGUGAGCUUCAGGCAAAACCAAGAUGAGACGGCAUCCAGGAAAUGAGCAGGAUUUUUGAGGCUCUGUUUUCCAUUGUCUCCUUAUAUGGCUGUGAAUGCGAGAGGAGUAAGUCUGCCCUUUCUGUCAUUUCCCCAAGGUGUCUGCAGCAUUGUGACGUAUUUGUAGGCAUAUCAUUGGAAGAUUGACCAUAAGAGACCACAUUUACCAGGUGUCCGUCCGGUGUCCUGCGCCGAAAUUGGUGCGCAAAAGUCAGCUGCAAGUAUUUUUCCAUGGAAUUUAGAGAAGAAUGCAAGCUUCCACGAACGAUAUAUCAAUGAAGAGAUAUCUGAAAAAACACCUUGAGGAUUGAUUCCAAACAACGUUUGCCAUGUUUCGGUCGAUAUUAUGGAGUUAAUUCGGAAAAAGUUUGACGUUGUAGGUGACUAAAUUUUCGGUUCGUUUUGGUAGCCAAAUGUGAUGUACAAAACGGAGCGAUUUCUCCUACACACAGACGCUUUCAGGAAAAACUGCGCAUUUGGUAUGUAACUGAGAGUCUCCUCAUUGAAAACAUCCGAAGCUCUUCAAAGGUAAAUGAUUUUAUUUAUUUGGUUAUCUGGUUUUUGUGAAAAUGUUGCGUGCUAAAUGCUACUCAAAAUGCUAAGCUAGCUUAGCAUACUCUUACACAAAUUAGUCAAUUGCUAUGGUUCAAAAGCAUAUUUUGAAAAUCUGAGAUGACAGUGUUGUUAAGAAAAGGCUAAGCUUGAGAGCAGGCGCAUUAUUUUCAUUUUAUUUGCGAUUUUCAGAAAUCGUUAACGUUGCGUUAUGCUAAUGAGCCUGAGGCUUUAGUCACGAUCCCGGAUCCGGGAUGGGGAGAUUCAAGAGGUUAAAAAAAUCAUACAACGUGAUUUUCUGGAUUUUUGUUUUGGAUUCCGCCUCUCACAGUUGAAGUGUACCUAUGAUAAAAACUACGGACCUCUACAUGCUUUGGAAGUAGGAAACACUGCCGAUUUCGCAGGUUAUCAAAUACUUGUUCUCCCCUGUGUGUGUGUGUGUGUGUGUGUGUGUGUGUGUGUGUGUGUGUGUGUGUGUGUGUGUGUGUGUGUGUGUGUGUGCAUACACACACACAGUUGAAGUUUACAUACACUUAGGUUGGAGUCAUUAAAACUCGUUUUUCAACCACUCCACAAAUGUCUUGUUAUCGUUUGUUAGUUUUUGCAAGUCCGUUAGGACAUCUACGUUGUGCAUGACACAAGUCAUUUUUCCAAACAAUUGUUAACGGGCUGAUUGUUUAACUUUUAAUUCACUGUAUCACAAUUCCAGUGGGUCAGAAGUUUACAUACACUAAGUUGACUCUGCCUUUAAACAGCUUGGCGAAUUCCAGAAAAUAAUGUCAUGGCUUUAGAAGCUUCUGAUAGGCUAAUUGACAUCAUUUGAGUCAAUUGGAGGUGUACCUGUGGAUGUAUUUCAAGGCCUACCUUUAACUCGGUGCCUCUUUGCUUGACAUCAUGGGAAAAUGAAAAGAACUCCGCCAAGACCUCAGAAAAUUGUAUUGUAGACCUCCUGUCUGUCUGGUUCAUCCCUGGGAGCAAUUUCCAUAUGCCUGAAGGUACCACGUUCAUCAGUAGAAACAAUAGUACGCAAGUAUAAACACCAUGGCACCACGCAGCCGUCAUACAGGUAAUUUUUACCUGGAUUAAAUGUCAGGAAUUGUGAAAAACUGAGUUGAAAUGUGUUUAAGGUUUAUGUAAACUUCUGACUUCAACUGUGUGUGUGUGUGUGUGUGUGUGUACAUUUUGAGGAAAGCUAAGCAAUAUGGUAUCUGAAAUAUAUUGAAUCUUCAAAUAAACCUGAAAUAAGUCCACUUCUCUUUGCUCUAUCAACUUAACUUUUUUGUCUGUUACAUGUUCAAGGGGGAGGACAUAUAAUGCCUCCAUGCAACGUUCUCUUUCAGCUCACAAGUCAGGCAGCACCCAAUUUCAUUGCUGUUUGCAGAAAAUUUUUCUGUUGCAGGUUUUUUUUCUACUUUACCGGUGUGCUCUACUGAACACAACCCAGGUCAUCAUGGUGUGCUCUACUGAACACGACCCAGGUCAUCACGGUGUGCUCUACUGAACACAACCCAGGUCAUCAUGGUGU